GUGGAUAUUUAAACGGCGGGCGGCUCCGCCUCCCUCGCCACUGCCGCGGAGCUACGCAUACCUAGCGCUCGGGAGACAGGGAGAGCCCAGUCGAAGACAUUCCAACUGAAAGCUUCAGCGUAUUUUCUACUGUGACGGUAAUCUAAAAGUCAGCAGUGAUGUCGUCCACACACGAGAAGCUGAUCACACAUGUGAUGAAGGAGGAGCCAAUCGGCUCCAGGAACAAGGUGACGGUGGUGGGCGUGGGCAUGGUCGGCAUGGCGUCGGCUGUCAGCAUCCUCAUCAAGGAGCUGGCGGACGAGGUGGCCCUGGUGGACGUGAUGGAGGACAAGCUCAAGGGCGAGGCCAUGGACCUGCAGCACGGAGGGCUCUUCCUGCGCACGCCCAAAAUCGUGGCCGACAAGGACUACAGCGUGACGGCCAACUCCAAGGUCGUCGUGGUGACGGCCGGCGCCCGUCAGCAGGAGGGGGAGAGCCGCCUGAACCUGGUGCAGCGCAACGUCAACAUCUUCAAGUUCAUCAUCCCCAACAUCGUCAAGUACAGCCCCAACUGCAUCAUCCUGGUGGUGUCCAACCCCGUGGACAUCCUGACCUACGUCGCCUGGAAGCUGAGCGGCUUCCCCCGGCACCGUGUCAUCGGCAGCGGCACCAACCUGGACUCCGCCCGCUUCCGCUUCCUGAUGGGCGAGAGGCUGCAGAUCCACCCCUCCAGCUGCCACGGCUGGAUCGUGGGAGAGCACGGGGACUCCAGCGUGCCCGUGUGGAGCGGGGUGAACGUGGCCGGAGUGUCCCUCAAAGAGCUGAACCCCGACAUGGGCACAGACAAGGACAAGGAGGACUGGAGGGCCGUGCACAAACUGGUGGUCGAUGGGGCCUACGAGGUCAUCAAACUGAAGGGCUACACCUCCUGGGCCAUCGGCCUGUCCGUGGCUGACCUGGUGGAGACCAUUCUCAAGAACCUGAGGAAGGUGCACCCUGUGUCCACCCUGGUGCAGGGCAUGCACGGGGUGAAGGACGAGGUGUUCCUGAGCGUGCCGUGUGUGCUGGGGAACAGCGGCCUCACCGACGUGGUGCGCAUGACCCUGAAGCCCGAAGAGGAGCAGCAGCUGAUGAAGAGUGCGGAGACCCUGUGGGGCGUCCAGAAGGAGCUGACCCUCUAAAGACCCCAAACUCUGUGCCCCUCAGCCCCCCGCCCCUCCGAAGACCCCAAACUCUGCCCCCCUGCCCCUCCGAAGACCCCCGGCUCCGGAAAGAGGGUCCACCUCUUGUCCCACCUUCUACCAAACACUCCCGAGACUGACCUCGAACUGUUACACCCAUUAUUACUGUUACACCCCUCUCGCCCGCUGCGGCCGCUCCCUCGCUAGUCGCUAAAACCCGUGUUUCAGGGCCUCUGUGCAUCUGUGUACGUGUGCAUGUGUGUGUUGUACAUAUUGUAUUUAGUCCUCCUCCUCCUCCCCACUGUGUAAACACGCAGCGCGUACAGCUUUGAGGUUAACCGCGUGAGCUUUCUGGCUCCGCUUUUUGGAAUGGUUCUUCUUCUUUUUUUUUUUUUUCAUGAUCCGUGUUGUUCAGAACUAUUCCGUCACUCCAUUCACACGGAAUCAGGGAUCCCAACACAGCCCGUCUGCAGCAUCCAUCUCCCUAACUUUAGAGAGCUUAUUGUGGGGAACGUCUGAUAAUUCACCCACCGACACACUCCAAACAACUGGUUUUAAAAACUUUCAACUCAAGUGCACUGGAAAUGGCCUCUCACUGCCUCACGUACCUCAGCGGAAAUCCAAAACCGGGUGACAGACACACAUUUUCUCAAUAGUAUUUAUUUAAUUCUGAACAGGAACUUGCUUUUGUGGAGAACCGAAGCUGUAGAGCCUGGCGUGUGCUUUUUGUCAGAACAGGAGCCUGGGUCGUUAGGCCAGCCCCGCCCGUUAGUGACCUGUGUGUGUCCGUUAGCGUCUCCUGUCCGCUGGGAGGCUGCGGGGUUUGUUUAAGCCUGAGCUCCCGGCUGUUCACGCCUGCCCUGUUUCCCAGUCAACCCCAAACCCACGGAUGUAAAAAAACACUGUACCACUAGGACAGGAUGUAUCACGGGCAAGUUGCUUUUCUCAUCGCCCUCCGCAAAGCUCCCUCCCGAUUGGUCCUCGCCCUCCCCGGCGUAACGCAUUUGGACCAAUCGCAUUCGGCGGAGGGUGAGCGUUGAGCGAGAGAAAAGCAACGUCGGGCCCUUUGUGUUGAGGCAGCUGGAUUUGGUUGGUUUUGUGUUCUCUCUCUCCGCCACGACAAAUAAAAACUUCUAGAGGAAUCACA